AUGCUUGCUUGGUUCAAGUUCAGUCACUCUCCCUCUUUCAACGUGUUGUCUGCGAAACUCAGAAUGCACCCUUUCAAAUACCGGCUCGAGGACCUCUGUAUCUCGGUCUCCGCCGUUGACGUGGGCGCCGCUUCGCCCGUGUUCCUCUCGUUUUCCGCCUCCUCGCCGCCUGGGGGAAAACACUCUGCCUCUGCCGUGCCUCGGCUUCUCCAACUUUCUCACCUCCCACUCCGUUUUGAAGCUUUCGCGUGCACCUUUGUCGCUUGUCCGUUUGGCCUCCCCGACUUCUCCUAG